GGAUCAACAGAGUUGUUUACUCGUCCAAUUAGUUCCCCAACACCACAAAUGUAUAGUCCAUAUACCAGUAAUCUUCACUUAGAUCAUACAUUGACAUGUGGCUGGAACAAGUUUAAGCCUCAAAAGCUUCAAAAGUUGAAUAAUGCAAAAUGGUUUUUAUUUUUUUUAGCUGUGUUUUCUAUUUCACAAGGCAUGAUUAUAAAUGGUUUCACAAAUGUUGGUCUAUCAACUUUAGAAAAGCAGUUCAAGUUCAGUAGUAAGCAGUCAGGAAUGAUUGUUGCUGCAAAAGAAUGUUCUUCAUUACUUCUGAUAGCUUUUCUUAGUUUUUAUGGUAGCUUUGGCAACAAGCCAAAAUAUCUUGGUUAUGGUGCUAUGGUAACUGCAUUUGGGUGCUUAUUGUACGUUUUACCCCAUAGUUUAACGGGUAAACACAUCCCAGAUAAUGUGUCUGUUGUAUUAAGUCAGGAACUUUGUGCAGCUGACUCUAAUUUUAAACGAACAGAUUCAGAAGUAAAAUGUGAAGUUAAAAACUCUUCGGAGGGAUACUAUUGGUUCAUCUUCAUUUUGUCUAAGUUGUUAGUUGGUGCAGGCACAGCUCCUUUGUUUACAUUGGGUGCAGCUUAUAUAGAUGAAAAUGUUAAACCAAAAGUAGUACCUAUAUACCUUGGGGUUUGGUAUGUCUCAACCUCUUUUGGACCAGGGUUAGGAUUUUUAGCUGGUGGGUCUUUACUAAAUGUUUAUGUAGAUCUAAUUCAGCCUGCUGGAAUUCAUUUAAACCCAGAAGAUCCCAGGUGGAUUGGAGCUUGGUGGAUUGGGCAUUUGUUUGGUGGAAUUCUUAUUUUCAUAUCUUCAUGGGCAUUAUUAGCCUACCCACAAUCAAUGCCUGGUGCAAAAGAAAUUCGUGCGCAAGCCAUACGAGAUGGAUCGAUAAGACCAGAGGAUAAAAAGCUUCAAGGCAAAUUAGCUGACAUGAUCCCUGCAACAAUGAAUUUACUGAAAAAUUCUACAUUUAUGUUUAAUACUUUGGCCUUAACUUGUGGUACAAUAAUAGCUACUGGUCUUGGCCCAUUUGUAGUUAAGUAUCUUCAAGCUCAGUUUGGGGUUUCCACCAUGCAUGCUGGCGUUGCUUCAGGUAUUACAUUAAUACCUGGUACAGCUGGUGGUAUAUUUAUUGGAAGCUAUUUAAUGCGGCAAUUUCAUGGCAAAGAUACUUGUGAGGGAGCUUCAAGAUAUUGUUUUUUUUUCCAAGUAAUUGCUGUUUUGUCAGUGGCGUCCUUUCUUAUACCGGGAUGCAGAUCUCCCAUAGUAGCUGGAGUACAUAAACCAUAUUUCAAUCAAUCUACAUUAAAUUUGAUAUCAGACUGUAACCACCAAUGCAAGUGUAGUGAUUUAAGUUACAACCCAGUUUGUGGUGUAGACAACCUUACUUACUUUUCACCAUGUCAUAUGGGAUGUCUAAAGAUUUUAGAAGAUGAAUCUAAAUAUAGUGAAUGUUCCUGUAUUAAUCAAACAUCAACAGAGAGACUAGUGGUCAACACUUCAGGUGAAAUAGAUCAAUUACCAACACAAAUAAUGGCUUAUGUUGGUGAAUGCGAUAGAGGGUGCAAGAACAUGGUGCCAUUUUUGUGUGGUAUAGUCCUGAUGUUAGUGCUAAACUUUGUUAAUGCAGUCCCGAAUAAGAUGGUUGUCAUGAGAUGUGUGCCUGACAAUGAAAGAGCUUAUGCUUUGGGUGUUCAAUGGAUUUUCUUAACUCUGCUUGGAGCAAUUCCUGGUCCACUUUUAUUUGGAAUUUUUAUUGAUAAAUCAUGUAAUAUGUGGGAAACAAAUUGUAGCAAGGCUGGUAAUUGUAUUUUGUACGAUAAUGUUACACUUAGUUACCAGCUUACAUUAGGAAUAUUUAUAUUACAAGUUUUAGCAGCAGUGUUUUACUUCCUUUCGUGGAAAACAAUAAAACCUCCUUCCCUUGAGAAUAGGCCUUUUAAAGACUCCGAAGAGUGUUGCGUUAAUCCAAGUAAUAUAUCUAUUGAUAAUUCAAAAAUAAUUUUAAACAGCUCUGCAAAGAAAGAUUACAUUCCAAAAAUAUCUCUUCUUCAUGCUACUUGACAAUAUUUGUCAAUGAGAAUUUAUUUAUUAUUGUAAAUUUAUUGGUCUUUUUUUAUUUUUUACUUUUACAUAUUUUUUAAUAAUUGAUUUUUGUAUUAAUUUUUUUUGACUAUAGUCUCAAAUCGUUCAAAUUUUUUAACUUAAUAUGCAAAUUUGCUAACUCUCGUAUAAGAGCAUAAUAAA